AUGGCAGAUCAUUCAAAUUCCACACCUGUCGCGGAAACUAAUGGACAUGGUGAAUCUGCAAUCAGUGCGGAGGACCAAGUCCCGGAUCUACCACAAUAUUUGUACGCGGCGCUUAAACAACUAGCCCCCAAGGAAAGGUUUACCGCGGACAACUUUUCGAUCGCGUUUGAUUUUGGAUCCAGCAAGGGCGAUGGGUUCGUAGGGCAAAUGUUCAAGGCGACCAUCAGUGAGGGGGAUAGACACGAAGUGUACUUAUGCAAGAUUCCGCCCCUGGACGAUGAUAGACGUGAGCAGUUCGGUUCGAUGACAGCCUUUGCUCGGGAGGUGCUGGUGUACGAUCGCUUUUUACCAACCAUCUACGAGUACCAGCGGGAAAAGGGUAUUCGCAGCCCGGAAGACGGUGGAUUCUUCCAUACGCCGCGAUGCUACUACGCGCAUUGCAAUGAAGUGGCCCAGGAGUCGGUCAUCAUUAUGGAAGAUCUUCGGCUACGCGAGUUUCGGCUGUGGAACAAGCAUAAGAUAAUCGAUUACGAUCAUGCCGCACUGUUCAUGACACAUCUAGGCCGUCUGCAUGCCAUUUCGCUUGCAAUGAAGCGUGAUCAGCCGGAGCGUUUCGAGCAGUUUAAGCUAUCCAACCCGUUCGAUCCGAUGCUGACAGCAGAUGGUCCCUUUAGAAACAUGAUCCUCUCCCAGCUGCAAAUGGUUAUCGAUGCAUUGGACGAACAGGAUACGGUCGAGCGGGCAAAGAUGGAACAGCUGAAAGAGGAGGUGUUCGAUGAGCUGCUUCGUUGUGGCACCGCGCAGCUAGCCGAACCGUACACGGUUGUCGGACAUGGUGAUUGCUGGACCAACAAUAUGAUGUUCCGCUAUGAGGAAGGGAAACCUCAAGGAAUCAUCCUUUUUGACUGGCAAGUGAUGCGAUACGUUACACCUGUACAAGAUAUCGUGUACUUCGUGUUCUGCUGCACGGACGAAGAGUUUCGCCGAAAGUACUACGAUGAGAUGCUUGACAUUUACUAUCGUUCGCUGUCGGCAAUGUUGGCAAAGUUGCAGCACGAUGUCAAGGAGCUUUUCCCUCGAGCAGCAUUUGAGGAGCAGCUACGAAUCUUUGGACGCUAUGGUAUACUGAUGGGCAUGUUCUUGGUACCGAUGAUGUGCACCCAUAACGAGGAACUACCCGACAUUGAGGCACUGGCACAUAAAAUGGCUGAGUCGCAACAGUUGAACGAAAGUUUUUUCAAAACUACCGAAUCCAAUCAGGAAACGUACACCAAACGAAUUAGGGCCGUCGUUAAGGAUUGCAUACGGUAUGGAUAUUUCUAA